UAAGCUACACUGAGCUGACAUAGGCAUUUAUUAAUAAUACUACUUGUUCUUUAUAAAACUACUUUAAUUUUUUCAUAAUUAAAUAUUAUUUCUUCUGUUCAAAAUGGCAAAUAUUUACCUUGCUAUAAUUUUUUUUGUAAUUUUAUUUGCAAAGAAGGCAAAUUUGGAAUUAAUCGAGUUGAACGAAAACAACUGGAGAUUAAUGCUUAAGGGAGAAUGGAUGGUUGAGUUUUUUGCACCUUGGUGUCCUGCUUGUAAAAGUUUAUCGCCUGUUUGGCAGCGUUUUGCAAAUAAUGCGGACGGUACUGGCUUAAAUAUUGCCCAUGUUGAUGUAACUAAGUCACCGUCUCUGAGUGGGCGUUUUUUAGUUACUGCACUACCCACUAUUUACCACGUUAAAGAAGGAGAGUUUCGCCAAUAUCGAAACUCCAGGGAUGGUGAUGCCUUUAUGUUUUAUAUAAAUCAAAAAGAAUGGCAAAAGUCUGAACCUAUUUCUCAAUGGAAAAAUCCAAACAGUAUCCAUAUGUCCGUGCUGUCUUAUUUCUUUAAGCUGUCUCAUUUAUUGAAGGAUUUCAACACAAGUUUGCAGGAAGGAUAUGGGCUCCCAACAUGGGGUUCAUAUGCCCUCCUUGCAACUGCUACAAUUAUUGUUGGUGCUGGUUUAGGAUUACUUCUAGUCUGCAUUGUUGACUUUUUAUACCCAGCAAAACUUUCUCAACGCCAAAGCUUUUUACUUUCCGAGGAAAAAUCCGGAAGUGCUGUAGAUGAUGAAAUCGUAGAUGAUAUAAAUUACAAUAACGAUGAAUCUGACGAAGAAGAUAACGAAGAAGAGAACGAAGAAGAUGAAGGUUCUAAUGAAUCAGAGACAGAAGUUAAAUCCGAUUCAUGUGGCGAAUUAGAAGACAAUAAAAUUGAUGAGGCUGAAUUGGAUUCCGAUUCGAAUAAAAACGACAAAAACAAAUUUUCAAAUAUUCGCAGGAGAAACAAUCCCAAAGAAACUAAGUAAAAAUAUAUUAUAUUUUAUGCACUCAAGAAAACAUUUGAAUGGCUAAGUGUUAAGUUAAAUUUUAUAACAAACACCAUCGUACUAAACUGCACAAAAAAUAAUAUUCAAGGCGUUAUAUUCACUUAACUUUGAAUUUUAAGAUGUGAAUUUAAAAAAACUCAGUUUUAAAUAAGGAGAAAAAAAAAACAAUAAAUAUAUCAAAUGGUUUCAUUUCAUUGUUCUUCAUUCGGUUAAAACCUAUUUGGCUUUACUUGUUGAAUAAAGAAUAUAUUUUAUAAAGGUAGAAUAAAAUAGUAUCCCUUUUUAUUUUAAGAUCUUUUUUAUCGACUAAUACAAGUUCAAAUAAUUACACUGUGCAAGUUUUCUUGAGGCAAGUGCGCUGUUUACUGUUCGCCCCUAUUUCGGACCUGAAAAAUCGAUUGGCAUCAUUAGUUUUUCGAUUUAUCGGUACGACUUCGAACAAAAUUUUUUCGGAAGUUUUUUCAAUAAUUUUAAGCAUUUUGCCCGGUUAAGAGUAAUUUUUCUUGUUUAUGUUGCUAUUUUUUCUGCUAAAACGUUAUUUACUAACAGCAUAAACCAAAUAAACAAUUUUAUGCAAUUUAUUUAACAAUUUAGCAAGCUUUUGUUGAAAAAAUUCAAGAAAUUUGGAUUUUUUUUGCAUUGUUAUCGUUUUAUUAUGUUUUAGUGGAGUAAGUAAAGCAAAUUACAGAUUCAAUUUUGAUAAUUUCUGUUCUUAAACGUCGAUAAUAAAAAAAACUUUAAAAUCUAUGUGUUAAAAAUUGCCGGUGUUGCCGUUUUGUUUUUUCAACUAAUAACACCGGCACACAAAAUAAAAAAAGUUUCAUGUACCAGGAACCAGACCUAUCUUUCCAUAUAGGAGACAGUGCCAGCACACCAAAAAAAAAGUUGUAUAUACCAGGAACCAGACCUAUCUUUCUAUAUGUUUUUGGACCCGCUGAAUCCGAAUUUCAAGUCUGUUUGCCCCUGUCACCCUCUAGUUUAAAGUAAAAUGCAAAAAACUCAAAAAAAGGAAGUUUUUUGCCUUUUUUUUUUGAGUCUUUUUUACAUUUUUCUCAAAACUGGAGGGUGUUCGGGCAAAACGGACUUGAAAUUCGGAUUCAGCGGGUCCAAAAACAUAUAGAAAGAUAGGUCUGGUUCCUGGUACAUACAACUUUUUUUUUGUGUGCUGGCACUGUCGCUUUCAUCCCCGGCACACAAAAAAAAAAGUUUCAUGUACCAGGAACCAGACCUAUCUUUCUAUAUGUGUUUGGACCCGCUGAAUUCGAAUUUCAAGUCCGUUUUGCCCGAACACCCUCCAGUUUUGAGAAAAAUGCAAAAAACUCCAAAAAAGUCAUAAAAAUUCAAACAAAAUGCAGUCACAGCUCAAAACUGGAGGGUGACCGGGCCAAACGGACUUGAAAUUCGGAUUCAGCGUGCCCAAAAACAUGGUUCCUGGUACAUGACACUUUUUUUAUUUUGUGUGCCGGUGUAAUUAAUUUAUUUUCAAAACUUUUUUUUUUUAAUUUCAUAAGUAAAAUGAUGAAAUUAAAUGAUUAUUUAGAUUAUUAACAGAAAAAAUUAUAUAGGAGUGAAGGAUAAGAUUAAAUCGUUUAGGCGGAAGAAGCAACUUUCUUACAAAUCGGCUUCAAAUGUAAAAAAAAAUGUGUUACAUUUUUACAAAGCCAGUAGUUUAUGCUGGUAGUAAAUAACGUUUGAGUAGAAUAAAUAGCAAUAUAAACAAGAAAAAUGACUUUAAGCUGGGCAAAAUGCUUAAAAUUAUUGAAAAAAACUUCCGAAAAAAAUUUUGUUCAAAUCGAAAAACUAUGAUGCCAAUCGAUUUCUAAGGUCGGAAGUAGGGGGAAACAGUCAACAGCGCACAUGUCAAAGAUUUCUACUGCACAGUGUUAUUAUAAAAAUAAUAUUGUCCUUACUUUUAGUAAAGUAGCGUGGUUUUUUAUAAUUUCUCUUCAAACUUACAACUAAGUAUUACGUAUGCCAGAAAAAAAUACACUCUUAUUUUAAAUACAUAAUAAAGAAUUUGUGUCAUACUGUGUAUAUAUAAAGUUAUUUAACAUUAAACAUUUCUUUCUUUAUUGAAAA